CAACGGAAGUUUCUCGAAAGCAAUAAACGUAGCUUCUCCUCCUUUCCUUUCCUUCCUACCCAAUAUCUUCCCCUAUCUUCUUCCAUUUUCUCUCUCCUCUACUCUUUACCAGACAAUUCCAUUUACAGAUCUUCAUCUUUUUCCUUUUUCUGCCCAAAAAUUGAUUUCCAACCUUUUUUAGAGGUAUAUUCUGUGAUUAUUCGUACGAUUAAUCAUUAAUUUAGUUGAAAAAAGUUGAUUAUUUGAGGAGAAGUGGUUAGUGGUUACCGGCGAUGGCGGGAGAUGAACACGCCGCCGAGAAUGGAGGUGGUGGCGGUGGAAGCGGCGGUGAUUGUCAACGGUCAAUUCCGACGCCAUUUUUGACUAAGACGUAUCAACUCGUUGAAGAUCCUUCCAUUGAUGACGUAGUUUCAUGGAAUGAUGACGGAUCUAGCUUCGUCGUUUGGAAUCCUACGGUUUUCGCUCGCGAUUUACUCCCUCGCUAUUUCAAGCAUAACAAUUUCUCCUCCUUCGUUCGUCAGCUCAACACCUACGGAUUUCGAAAAGUAGUACCAGACCGAUGGGAGUUCACAAACGAAUCAUUCCGACGAGGAGAGAAGCAGCUCCUCUGCGAAAUACAACGCCGCAAAACGACAACAACGGCGGUAACACCGGCGGCGCAACCACAAGUUUCACCAGGAGAUUCCGGCGAAGAGCAGGUAAUAUCGAAUUCUCCGCCAUUAGGAAUUCCGACUUCAGUUUAUUGCAACAUCAACAACAAUAAUUCUAGCAGUAGCAGCAACAACAGAGUAGAAUUAAUAGACGAAAACGAGAGAUUGAGGAGAGAGAAUAUGGAGCUAAACAAAGAGCUAACAAACAUGAAGACGCUAUGCAACAACAUCUUCUCCUUGAUGACGAACUUCGCAACUUCUCAAGGGAAUACUACAGCUACGAGUAGUAGCACCAAUUGUAUGAGACAGGCGCUGGAUUUGCUGCCACGUAAGGAGUUGGAGGUCGUCGUUGACGUUGAGCGACCAAAGUCACCCAAGAUCUUCGGUGUAGCUAUUGGGAUGAAGAAGAGAGGGAGAGGUGAAGGAGAAGGAGAUGGGGAAGGUUUUGGUGUGACGCGGGUGCAGGGUGAUAUGAUGGAGACGGAUGUGGAGAUUAAAUGUGAGCCGUUGGAUGGAAAUGGUGAGAUUGAUGAUGAUGAAAAUCAGGAAACUCCUUGGCUUAAACAGUGUCACCGACAAAAUCAGAGGGUGUGUAAUUGAUCCCAUCAUGAUUAGAAUUUAGAGUAUCACGUGAUGGAAUUUUGUGUCACGUGCUUGUGGAGGAAGUUACUGUGUUUGGUUUCCGAUUUUGCCCCUGGUUUGUAAGGUUAUUUAGCGAUGUGCCCCCCUAUAUACAAUUGGGGGCCCAAUUAGUUACUACAACUACUACCCCAAUGGGCCUGAAUAUGGGCAUAUUUCUAAAUUUGGGUGGGGUUGAUGAUCUGUGAGGCUUUUAGAGUUUUAGCUGAGUGUAGAAACAAAAUAAAGAGUUCAAAAUUAAUUUUGUAUGAGAGUGCACGUGAUGGAAUUUUGUGUCACGUGCUUGUGGAGGAAGUUUGGUUUCCGAUUUUGCCCCUGGUUUGUAAGGUGCCCCCUCUUGGGGGCCCAAUUAGGAAUACCCCAAUGGGCCUGUAAAUGGGCAUGUUUCUAAAUUUGGGUGGGGGUGAUGAUCUGUGAGGCUUUUAGAGUUUUAGCUGAAUGUAGAAAUAAAAAUAAAGAGUUUAAAAUUAAUGGCUAUGAAUCUAUGAUGAUAUUCAUAA